AUGCUGUUGCGAAUUCUCGAAACAGAUGACAACAACAUCGCCUUCACCUUAUACGACAGAGGAGACCUAGUGAAGGCCACACGUGGCUUUCACAAGGCCAACAUCGUCGGGGAAGGAGCACAUGGCACCGUCUACAAGGCCACCCUCGGCACUGACACUGUCGUGGUGAAGCGAUGCAAGCAGAUCGAGAAGAGCCGGACGGAUGAGUUCGUCCAGGAGCUGGUCGUGCUCUGCCGCGUCAACCACCCAAACAUCGUCAGGCUCCUCGGCUGCUGCCUCCAUUUCGUGGUGCCCAUGCUCGUGUACGAGUUCGUGCCCAACGGGACCCUGAGCGAUCUGCUCCACGGCAGGCCUCGGCGCCGGGUAGUGACGCUGCCAACCCGGCUGAGGAUCGCCGCGGAGACCGCGGAGGCCCUGAAGCACCUGCACUCGCCGCCGCACCCGACGCUCCACGGCGACGUCAAGCCGCAGAACAUUCUGCUCGGCGACGGAUGGGUCGCUAAGGUGUCCGACUUUGGGUGCUCAACUAUCAACGACAACGUGCAGAUGUAUCUCCAGUACUACAUCAACGAGAAAGGGGACAAGGUCUACACCACCAAGAAGGAGUCGCCUCUUGGGGUGCCGACGCAGCCUGCUCACCCAGUGUUCCAGAUAACCGAGAAGACCGACGUCUACAGCUUCGGGGUCGUGCUGAUUGAGCUCUUGACUGGUAAGAACCCACAGGCCAAAGAAUGGAAGAACCUGACCACAACGUUUCAGGACAGGAUGGGAAAUGGCACCCUUGGUGAUCUUCUAGACGCUGACAUAGUCGACGAAGGGAGCAUGGGACUGAUAUAUGCAGCUGCCAAGCUAAUAUUAAUUGAUGAGUCCCUUGACGGAAUUUCGGUCGCAUUUUUUGUUGCCCUGCUGAUUGCUAUUCUUUUAAACCAAGUUUUCCUCAAUAAGGAGAAGAAAAGACAAAGGUACUUUGAGCAGCACGGAGGCCGGAUGCUGUCGCGAAUUCUCGAAACAGAAGGCAACAAGACCUUCAAGUUAUACGAAAGGGGAGACCUAGUGAAGGCCACACAUGGCUUCCACAAGGCCUACAUCGUCGGGGAAGGGGCACAUGGCACCGUCUACAAGGCCACCCUCGGCACUGACACUGUCGCGGUGAAGCGAUGCAAGCAGAUCGAGAAGAGCCGGACGGAUGAGUUCGUCCAGGAGCUGGUCGUGCUCUGCCGCGUCAACCACCCAAGAUGUUUCGAGGCGCCCAUGCUCCUGCCUCGGCGCCGGGUGACGUUGCCGACCCGGCUGAGGAUCGCCGCGGAAACCGCGGAGGCCCUCGCGCACCUGCACUCGGAGCCGCACCGGACGCUCCACGGCGACGUCAAGCCGCAGAACAUUCUGCUCGGCGACAAAUGGGUCGCCAAGGUGUCCGACUUUGGGUGCUCAACUAUCAACGACAACGUGCAGGUGGUGCCCAAGGGCACGCUGGCCUACCUUGACCCUGAGUUUCUGCAGGAUUUCCAGAUAACCGAGAAGACCGACAUCUACAGCUUCGGGGUCGUCCUGAUUGAGCUCUUGACUGGUAAGAACCCGCAGGCCAAAGAGUGGAAGAACCUGACCACAACGUUUGAGGACAGGAUGGGAAAUGGCACCCUUGGUGAGCUUCUAGAUGCUGACAUAGUCGAGGAAGGGAGAAUGGAACUGAUCUAUGCGGCUGCGAAGCUAGUGACCCGAUGCAUCGCUGCUCCAGGCAAUGCAAGGCCGGCCAUGGGACAGGUCGCCGUGGAGCUUCGGCGAUUUUCGUAUGAAAUGCCGGAAAGCGCUGAGGCGCGAGCGGCUCUCGAGGUUGAGGAUGGCAGGUAUAGCUGCACCGCUACUGAGGGCGAAACUACGGGACUUUCUAAUGUUACCGCACUGAGUACAGAACUCGCAAGGUGA